CAUCAAUAGGCAUCAUACCUAUCACUUACAGCGAGGGCAACACAAUAAUCUUCACCUGAGAGGACUCUAAAUACAUUCCGGAUUAAUUUCCACUGCGAGAUCACAGAUUGUUUUGAUCAUGGACAUCUUCUUAUUAUAACUUUGUGGAUAUUUCAAACUACUUUAUUAUUUUUUACAUUCGCUGCAGAGUUUCAAAUACAUAUUUUUUUUAUUAGCAAUUUAUCAAUUGUGCACCUGGUAAUUUAGGAGAUGACAUCUAGGUUGCAGAUAUUGCUCUUGUUGUGGUGUGCGGUCGCUCUCACUUGGGCACCAGUCGCAUUCAGCGACGUAAUGGAGAAUGGAAUAAAAGAGGAACUAGAACAGACCGACGGACCACUUCUGGAUGAUGAGAUGGACAAUCAGGAGAACGUUUUAACUCAGGUAUUGAAGACCUUGCUUGGGAUUUGUAACAGGAUUGAUUAGAUAGGUAUAGGAUGUGCGUAAAAUUAGGCUAUCUAAAGCCAGGUGCGACAGUUAAUGAGAAGAACCUGAGGAAGAAUAAUGUAAUUUCCCCAAGCAUUAUAAUGCCGUUUAGUUUAGAAUAUUACUAAUUUAUACUUCAUAGUCUAUGAAUACUGGCCUUGGAAAAGGUUACCUAUUAUGUUGAGCACUUGUCAUGCAUAAUUACGCAUGCACACCGAGCAUUGUCAUUAUAGUCAGUAUUGGCGUUUUGCUAUGAACCAUAAAGCAUGGGCAAACCGAUAUGUUGAAGGUGGUUGUUUUAAUUACUUUAGUUUUUACAUUUUCUCCUAAAUGUGAAAUAUGUUUGUAAGACCAAAAUGUUUUUAAAAACCAGUACUUGUUCUACAUUAGUCGAUUCUUAGUCAUAAAACCAUUUUCAAUGUGCAAUGUGCAUAGAGUAUUUGGUAUUGUAGAGAUGAGAUGGUAGUUUUUCCAAUGUGGAGAUAAAUAUUUGCAUUCUCAUUAAUAUGCUAUGUUGAUCCAUCCUAUAAGUAACUGCACCAGAGGAGGCUGGUGGGAGGAACUAUAGGAGGAUGGGCUCAUUGUAGUGGCUGGAAUGGAACAAAUAGAACGGUAUCAAACACAUCAAACAUAUGGAAACCACAGUUGACUCCGUUCCAUUUAUUCCAUUCCAGCCAUUACAAUGAGCCUGUCCUCCUAUAUCUCCUUCCACCAGCCUCCACUGAACUGCACCAAUGCAUGUGUGUGUCAAUGCUUUGUGUCUGUGUGAAUUGUGAAAUGCUGUGCUCCUCGUUGGUGGACUACCCAUGCUCUACCCAUCUCUUCUCCAUUGUAGCUUCUGGGAGAUUAUGACAAAGUGAAAACGCUGUCGGAAGGCUCUGACUGUCGCUGUAAAUGUGUUGUCAGACCGCUGAGCAGAAGUGCCUGCCGGCGGAUAGAGGAGGGUGCCGCCAAGGCUGAAGACUUUUACACAGUGGAGACUGUGACAUCAGGGCCCAAUUGUAAAAAGUGUGCGUGUAUAGCCCCACCCUCCGCUCUGAAUCCCUGUGAGGGAGAUUACAGAUUCAAGAAGCUGCAGGAGGCCGGGAAAGAUGACAUCAAGGUAAAACACAAGCGCAUACCUCUAAGGGCAAAAACACUACAUUGGUCCAUCAUAAAAUAACCCAUCAUCUUUGUAAAACAAAGAGUUACCCAGGUCCCUUUCCAAUGGAAUAUUUCCUCAAACUUUAUUUGAUCUGAAUGAAAUGUCCAGAUCAUCUGUGAUUGAAUGCAGCAUGAGACAGGACUACAACAUGUACAGUGUACGUUAUCUAAAAUGUACUGCCAUGAUUCUGAUCUCUUUCUCUUACAGCUCUCAACAGUAAUGGAGUUACUGGAGGGAGCGUUUUACGGGAUGGAUCUAUUAAAGUUGCACUCAAUUACAACCAAACUCCUCAACCGGGUUGACAAUAUAGAAAAGGUUUGUAUACUGACACUCGUAGGCAUUUCACAACGGGCAGUCAUAGCUUACAUAACUGCCGGCCUGCGGACCGAAUUUGGCCUGUGGGGAAUUAUAUUUGGCCAUAAAAGACUGUAAAAACACCAGCAAAUCAGCUCCAAGUGAUUUUAAUUUUGGAAAUCUGUUCCAAAGUAUUCCUACGUAUAAUAGCGAGAUAUAUGUGAUCGUAUACAAAUGUAAGCAAGGUUUGAACAUAUUAUGUUUUAGUCAAAUAUGAUAUAUGUUUGGGCUCCUUGUAGUCAAUUUGCAUCCUACAAAUUAUUUGUAAUUAUGCUCCAGCCCCCUGACCAUCUGCUCAAUAAAAAAAUCAGCCGCGGUUAAAUCUAGUUGAAGAUCCCUGCCUUAGAGUCUAUGGAUAUGGUACUGGCUUCUCACCAUUUUGCUUUGUCUCUGUGGGUGUCCAGACCUUUUCUUGUGACCACACAGAGAAGGAGAAAGUGAGUGUGAGGAGCCCCUCUAGUGAGGAAAAGGAGAGAGAGAAGGAGAGAGAGAAGGAGAGAAGAGCCCACCAGAGGAUGGAAAAGAGAAAACGUCUGACUGAGCUGGAGCCGUCCCUGCAGAAGGAUACAGCUGCAGCUUAUGCUAACACAGAGGUAAAACACACACACACACACACACACAGUCUAUGCUAACCAAGGCAGUCAGUCUCUUUGGAAACAUUGGCGAGACAUUAAGGUAGCCAGUAGCCUGGCAGCGUCUUUAAUACAGCGUGGCGGGAUCAAAACUGGUCUGGUUUCUAGACUACAACAGUUUCCAGACAGCUCAGAAAACAAUUUAUGACAAUAAAUUACUGUCUUACUUUGAACCUCGACUGCAUACAUUUUCAUAAAACCAAUAUGCUCAAAACCAUAGCAUUUGGUUCUCUAGCCUAAUAUUACAAUUUAAAAUGGACAACUUUACUGCCAUGCAACAAAUGGUUACUAAGAACUUAUUGUAAUUACAAUUCAACAGGUAUAGUAUGUAGUACAGUUGUCUCACUAAAAGCUUUACAAUAACACAAUGGUAACAUUUGGUCCUUUGUGAUUGGAUCCUCCUAUAGAAGAAGUAUGAGGAGCGCUACGUGGGGGCCAAGGGCCAGAGGGCCACCAGGCCCAUGCUGAAGAGGAGGGAGGAGCCCCAGUGGCCCCUGAAAGGCAAGGUGGGAACCAACGGCAUGGUCAUCAGAGGAGUGACCUUCUACAAGGCCAACACGGUAAACGAUGGAGCCGCUGAGGAGCUCAGUAAGUCCAUUAAAAUACUGGACAUAUACUAGAAUAACUAACAUAGCAGUAGUCCAUCCAGUUCAGAACAUACAGCACAUCUUCCCAGGGAUUUUUGUGUUGUCGACAGCUUAUUUUUGGGGGUCUCUAUAUUGGUGCUGGGCUUAUAGACAUGUUUUGUUCUGGGGUUUAAUAUGAUAUUGGAGAGGCUUCUUGAGUAAAUUGGUGAAUUGUAGAUGCUGCUUAACCCUUUGUGCUGCUCAUUCACCACCAGCAGCAGACGAAGCCCUGAGCGGUGAUGGUUCCAUGGACCUGCUCAUCGAUGACCAGCUCCUGAGACCCACCCAGCCCAGACCUGUAGCAGGCCCCCCGACACCAGCAUCCCAAGACAGGAAGGGGAACCCAGACCACCAGGCCACUCGUGCCCCCAAAACAGCCUCUAGUCCCCAAGGGAAUCCCACUACAUCUGCCCCUAGAGCUACCGAGACACCAUCAACCACUGUGUCCAUCCCGACCACCCCCAUUCCAACCACAACUAUGACCACAGCAACCACCACUACUACAAUGGUUGCGACAACCACAAGCACCACUCAACCAGCGACCACUAGGAAACCUGAAACCUUGUCUAUUUUGACCUCGUCCCCAACCACUGCGGUGCGACAGGUCAACAGCAUCACAGCCCCACCCAGCAAGGUGACGGUUGCGCCCAAACCCAAGCAUCGCAUCAGCUGGACAGAGGGCCCCUCAGAGUUCCCCUCGGCGACCCCUAAAGUCCCGGGUAAAAAAUAUAUUUGGCUGAUCAGGUGUUUGAUUUUCCAAAGUGAAAUUCGAAUUUGAUGCUGAAAAAGGCAUGAUUUGCAUUAUACACCACAUUGAUCUUUUCGGGAGGGAAAGAGUGUUAUUUGUUCGAUCUUUAAAUACUUGAGGGGAGUACAGAUGAUGUCUCCCUAGUGGCCUAAGGCACUGCAUCGCAGUGCUAGCUGUGCCACUAGAGAUCCUGGUUCGAAUCCAGGCUCUGCUGUAGCUGGCCGCAACCGUGAGACCAAUGGGGCGGCGCACAAUUGGCCCAGGGUAGGGGAGGGAAUGGCCGGCGGGGAGGGAAUGGCCGGCAGGGAGGUAGCUCAGUUGGUAGAGCAUGGCGUUUGCAACGCCAGGGUUGUGGGUUCGAUUCCCACGGGGGGCCAGUAUGAAAAUAUAUAAAAAUAUAUAUAAAAGAAAGAAUAAUGUAUGCACUAACUGUAAGUCGCUCUGGAUAAGAGCGUCUGCUAAAUGACGUAAAUGUAAAUGUCUUUAUCUCUGUAUGUUUACUUACAGGCAUGUGCAAAGACACUCUGGCCACCAUCUCGGACCCAGUGACCCAUAACACCUACGGCCGGAAGGAAGGGGCCUGGAUGAAGGACCCAAAGGGCAACGGAAAUGUAAUCUAUGUCACCAACUACUACUAUGGUAACCACCUACUAGAAUUCCACGACAUGGACAACUUCAAACAAGGUAUUUUCACAAUAGAAUAGUCUCAAAACCAAGUAACUGCUUUGGUUCUGGGUGCCAAGAUUACAAGACAGACAUGGCAAUAGAUUAAUAUAAUGGUGGUAUUUGAUUUGUGCAAUGUGUGCUUCUCAGUAUUGAAUACUCUCUUAUUUCGCUUGUCGAAUGUUUCCUGUCAGGACACUUCACCAACUCCUACAAGCUACCGUACAACUGGAUCGGCACAGGCCACGUGGUGUACAACGGAGCUUUCUAUUACAACCGCGCCUUCUCCCGUGACAUCAUCAAGUUCGACCUGCGUCUGCUCUAUGUGGCGGCCUGGACGACGCUGCACGACGCCGUGUUAGAGGAGGAGGACGCCUCCUGGAGGUGGCGUGGACACUCGGACAUCGACUUUGCGGUGGAUGAGAGCGGCCUGUGGUUAGUGUACCCUGCGCUGGAUGAGGAGGGCUUCCAUCAUGAAGUAAUCAUCCUAAGCCGUGUGAACCCGACCGACCUCAGCCUCCAGAAUACGUUCAGAACGAGCCUGAGGAGACACUUCUACGGAAACUCCUUUGUCAUUUGUGGCGUCUUGUAUGCGGUGGACAACUACGAACGCACCCACGCCAAUAUAUCCUAUGCCUUCGAUACGCACACACACACCCAGAUGAUCCCCAGAAUACCGUUCACAAACAACUACACGUACAUGACGCAAAUCGACUACAACCCCAAGGACAAAAAGCUGUACGCAUGGGACAACGGUCACCAGGUGACCUACGAUGUUAUAUUUGCAUAUUAAAAGCAGACAAGUAGUGAUAUAUAUAAUAAAGGGACGAGCACUUUUUUGUAUAAAAGAUAAAUAAAAAAUAUAUACAUUUUAUGUCUUAGUGGAUUGUAGAUCAGUCUACAGGGCCAUUGUGUUUUGCACUGUAUAAUCUCUGUUGCUCUGUUUGUGUUUUUAUUUCUCAAAAUGUCUCCCAUGUUGUCCCAACGCAUGUUGUUGUAUUUUAAUAUUUAAUGGUCACUGUUUUUAACUGCCCAAAGGGCAGCAGGCAUGAUCAUUCAGCGAAGCAAGACAAGGUUAUUUCUUACUGCUUGUUAGAAGUUUAAAGUGUAUGUUGUAUAUACUGUAAUUUAAAAUGAAGCUUUUAAUAAAAUACAUGCCUUCAAACAUGAAUGCUGACACACACAAGUAAUCAAUAUUAGGACAUGAUACUGUCCAUGGUUUGUUUUCUGAAAACCAUGACAAACCUUUACGCAACUCAAACAAAACAAUGUCAUUAUUACAUCCCAAUUGUACACAUUUCUGAAAAUAAUGGCCACAUAACUUACAUCAUGUUUGUAUGAUACUGAUACUGUACAUACUAAAGAGUAAAACAAAUGUAAAAAUACUGAACCAACACUUGCACUUGACUCCCCCUUCCUUUCAAGCUCUGACUUUGCUGAUAACUACUUUAUUGAGGAAA